AGGCGCUCGCGGCGAUGGCGGGUCUGCCGCAGCAGCCCUCCGCCGCUGCCGCCGCGGGAGCGGCGGCGGCCGCGCUUCUGCAGCGGCAGCUGGCGCAGGACAUCGAGGACGCCAAGCCGGACAAGGGCUGGUCGGAGCACCAGACCGGCGAUGGGCGGAAGUUCUACUUCCACGAGGAGACCCAGACUUCGACGUGGGAGAAGCCGGACGUCAUGAAGACCGUGGAGGAGAGGAUCACGGACCCGAUGUGGAAGGAGUACAAGAUCUGGGACGGCCGCGUCUUCUACCACAACAAAGACACCAAGGUCAGCUGCUGGGCCAUGCCCCCGGAGCUGCGCCGGCUGCGCGGGCAGGAGUCCGGCGUCGACGAGCGGCCCAUCCCCCCGACCAGCGCGGAGCGGGUGCGGGCCUUCUGGGACCUGAUGAAGGACAAGGGCGUGGACGAGGGCUGGAACUGGAGGGCCGCGGACGCGGCCACCAGCGGCGCCGAAGAAGCGCAGGGGCUCGAGGAGGCGCUCCGGAAGCAGAGCUUCGCGGAGGUGCUGAGCCAGUCCAUGAGCCAGAAGCACAUCGCGGAGCGCGAGAAGGAGCGCAACGCGGCGCAGGCGCUGGAGAGGCUCAUCGAGGAGCGGUUCCCGCGGCCGGAGGACCUCGAGACGACGUACGAGGAGGCGACGACCGUGCUGCGGCACGAGGAGGCCUGGGGGCUCAUCAGCUCCGACGUCCGGCGCGACGAGGUGUUCCAGGCCGUCAUGGAGCGCCUGGAGGAGAAGCACCAGAAGGCCCGGGCGGAGCAGCGCCCCGAGAGGAUCGUCCGGCUGCAGCGCAUGAUGGGCUCGGACCCGGAGCUCAAGCGCACGCGCCUGCGCUGGAAGGACGCGAGAGAGAUCCUGGAGCGCCGCGGCGAGCUGCAGGAGGAGGAGCCCCCGCUCGAGGCGCUGCGGCUGUGGGCGUCGCUGCGCGCGCUGAAGACGUCCGACGAGCACGCCGCGCUGCUGAAGCCCAGGAGCUUGGACGACGAGGCCGUGUAUCGCGCGGAGCGCAAGCGGCGCGACGGGUUCGUGAAGCUCGCGCGGGGCAUGGUCGUCGAGGGCGAGGCCACCACGGAGACCCCGUUCGCGGCGCUCCAGGGGGCCGCCGACGGCGACCCGAGCCUCACGGCCCUCCGGGACAGCGCCGGCGCGGCCGCCAUGGAGCUGUACGACGAGGUUCUGGCCGAGCUGGCGGAGAAGGGCGCCGAGGCCUUCCGGGCCGAGCACGCCGCCGACGCUGCCGCGUGGGUACAGGCCAAGGCGUCGAAGGAGGAGAGGGAGUCGGCGGAGGCCACGGCGGAGCCCCAGGCCAAGCGCCGCAAGCGGGGCGGCUUCGACGAGGUGGACGCCCAGCCGGCGGCGGCCAUGCCAGAGGAGCCGGGGGACGACACGAACCCGCUGGACGAGCUCAUCAAGAACCUGCCGGACAGGCCGAAGGAGGACGACGAGAAGAAGGAGGAUUCGGAGGCCUCGGAGGCCAAGUCGGAGGCGGAGGUGGAGGAGGACGAGGACGAGGACCCCCUGAUGGGCGCCGCGAACAAGGCGGCGGAGGCCAGGGCCGAGAGGGAGGCGGCUUCGGUGGCCGCGCCGGUGGCGAGCGCGCCCGCAAGGGUGAAGCAGUCAGAGGGCGAGCUGAUGGCCAAGAAGGCCGAGGAGCUGAAGGCGAUGUGCCGGGCGCGGGGGCUCCCGGUCUCCGGCACGAAGGCGGUCCUCGUGGAGCGGCUGCUGGCGUGAGCGGGCGGCCCGGCGCCGGCCCCACCGCGGCGCGGGCGCGGCGCGGGCGCGCGGUGCGGCUCCCUUUCCGCGGGGGCCGAUGGGCGGCCGCGGGGC